AUGUCAUCCAAGGAACUCCUCGCAGAGUACGCAAAACUCGCCGCCAAGCUCGAGCACAUCAACGAGACGCUUCAGGAGAUGAACGCCGUCGACAUUGCACAGCUCAUCGACAAGAUCAGAGUGGUCGAGCGCAAAAUGAGUCUUGUCUACACCCUCUUCAAACAAUCGGUAUACUCGAUCACCAUGCAAAACGCCCAACACGACCAAGACCUACACAACUUCCAAUCCCAAGACCCAGACACCAAACUCAACACCGAAAUCGACGAACAACAACAACAAUACCAAAACAUCACACCACAAUUACAACAAAGCCAAAGUCAGGACCAUAGGAGAUACAGUCAGGAGCAACAACAAUAUCAACCCCAAAGCCAGCAAUCUGACUAUGACUCCUCUCCACCCCAAUCCCAAACCCAACAACCCCUUCGCUCCUCACUCCGCACAUCCAACAAUGAAAACGGCAACAACUCCAACCAGCAGCCCACAAGCAUACUCCGGAACUCAACAUACAGACCCACCACGGGCACAACAACAGCAACGACGGGGACGGGGACAUCACGGAUGUCGAACGCAAGGGAAGAAUACCAGGCAGCAACAGGGAACAAGUCGAUCUUGGCGCUUUCGAGAGGGCAAGAAGGUCGGUCGAGGUGGGGGAACCAUUAUGGGUACCAUUCUGGGUCUGCAGGUGGUGGUGGUGGUGGAAGUGGAGGAUUUGACAGCGAGAACCAUACCAACCGACCUCGGUAUCAUUAA